AUUGGAUUAAAGUCAGUUACCCUUUCCCCUCUAACCCGGUGAUGCUGGCUGUUUCCUGCUUCUUCUUCUGUCCAACCGCCGCUGCUGGUGAAUGUGUGCGUUAGUACAGCGCUGUGGACGCAGAGCGUGGACGUCAGUGGCUUUUCACGGCACAAAUCCCGAGGCAGCCACUGUAUUAUCCCAUCCAAAAUCACAGCAAUGCGAAGGAAAUCUCGGAUAUUAUUAUGUUUCGCCGUGCUCUGGGUUCUAGGCAUAGCAUAUUAUUUCUACUCUGGGACAACGCUUAGUCGAAAGGAUGACUGGAGUGGCAUUAAUUCAAACAGAAUUCAAUCACACAGCAAUGCAGAUGACAAAGUCCACAGCCUAGAGACCCUUCCUCCAGGUAAGGUUAGGUGGCAGGACUUCGAUCAGGAUCUGUAUGUAGGAGCGACCGUGGUGAGGCCAGGGCAGGAUCCCUAUGCCCGCAACAAGUUCAAUCAGGUUGAGAGUGACAAACUCAGAAUGGACCGGAGCAUUCCUGACACAAGACAUGACCAUUGUCGUCACAAACAGUGGAAAACAGAUCUUCCCGCGUCCAGUGUGGUUAUCACUUUCCAUAAUGAGGCCCGUUCAGCCCUGCUGCGCACUGUGGUCAGUGUACUGAAGAAAAGCCCCCCAAAUCUGGUCAAAGAGAUCAUCUUGGUGGACGACUACAGUGACAACCCUGAAGAUGGUGCCUUACUUGGGAAGAUCGAGAAAGUCCGAAUCUUGCGGAAUGAUCGGCGAGAGGGCUUAAUGCGGUCUCGCGUCAGAGGGGCAGAUGCAGCCACAGCCAAUGUACUGACCUUCCUUGACAGCCACUGCGAGUGUAAUGAGCACUGGCUGGAGCCCCUACUGGAAAGGGUUGCUGAGGAUAAGACUCGGGUCGUUUCACCCAUCAUAGAUGUCAUUAACAUGGACAAUUUUCAGUAUGUUGGAGCAUCUGCAGAUCUUAAAGGAGGUUUUGAUUGGAAUCUAGUUUUUAAAUGGGACUACAUGACCCUGGAACAAAGGCGGGCACGGCAAGGAAACCCCAUUGCUCCUAUCAAGACACCAAUGAUUGCCGGAGGUCUUUUUGUAAUGGACAAGGACUAUUUUGAAGAGCUCGGGAAGUACGACAUGAUGAUGGAUGUGUGGGGCGGUGAGAAUCUCGAGAUCUCAUUUCGCGUUUGGCAAUGUGGAGGGAGUUUGGAGAUCAUCCCUUGCAGUCGAGUGGGUCAUGUCUUCAGAAAACAACAUCCAUACACUUUCCCAGGAGGCAGUGGAACUGUGUUUGCAAGAAACACCAGACGAGCGGCAGAGGUUUGGAUGGACGAUUUCAAGAACUUCUAUUACGCUGCUGUCCCAUCAGCUCGUAACGUGCCUUAUGGCAACAUUCAAAGCAGGCUAGAAAUGAAGAAGAGAUUAGGGUGCAAACCGUUCAAGUGGUACCUGGAGAACGUCUAUCCUGAGCUGCGGGUACCGGAUCACCAGGACAUAGCAUUUGGGGCACUACAGCAGGGCCAGAACUGUUUGGAUACACUGGGACACUUUGCUGAUGGUGUAGUGGGGGUGUAUGAAUGUCACAACGCUGGGGGCAAUCAGGUAUCAUUCAGGGCUCAGGAAUGGGCAUUAACUAAAGACAAAUCAGUAAAGCACAUGGACCUGUGUCUGACGGUGGUGGAACGCACCGCUGGAUUGCAGAUCAAACUGCAAGGCUGCAGAGAGAACGACAGUAGACAGAAAUGGGAGCAGAUCGACAACAACUCCAAGCUUCGACACGUGGGCAGCAAUCUGUGCCUGGACAGCCGCAGCGCACGAAACGGCGGCCUGACGGUGGAGGUGUGCAGCCCUUCGCUUACCCAGCAGUGGAAGUUCACCCUCAACCUGCAACCGUAAUUCGACGCCGCCAAUCCCAGCCCUCCCCUUCUCACUCUCGGACAGCCCACACCGGGCUCACGCUCGCCCCCCUGUCCGGGCUCGGGGCCGCCACAUCGCGGCCGCUCUGGCCUUCAAAGGCCACGGGGCACCGAAAUCAGACAACAAAGUUGAUGAUGAUGAUUUCCAUCUAAACUAUAUACCUCACCGUUUCAUCUUUUGUCCAGGUCUUGGAAAGUGAAUCUAAGUCUCUAAACUUAAUCGAAACCUUUUUUCGUCUCAUUUCCAAUGCGAGCGAAAAGGAUGCUUUACUUUCUCCUCUUUUUUUUUUUGGCAUACGCGUCUCGUAUUCUCAAACAAACUUCAGCACAUUUUUACGAUGGAGUUGACGUCUAUCUUUUUAUUUUUCUAUUCGCAUUACCAAUAUUGUCGAAUGUAAUUUACGUGUUUAAUGGAGACUCCCAACCUGCGCUGUGAUCGGACCGGAUUUCGGAUUUUUGAGUGCAGACAGUUUUAGUUUGGUUUGAUUUCAUUUGUGGGCUCAUGGGAUUUGGGGGUCGCGUUUGUUUCGUGUACUGUCACUUUAAUUUUGGAGGACUUCAGCAGCCGUGUGUUUUCAAAUUGCAGUGCACACACACACACACACAAAGACAAUUUCUUUAGUUUUAUUCUAGUUUCUAUUCAAUUGUCUGUUUGUCUUUUCUGUUGAUUGUGCAAUGUGCUUCAACCUGCUUCCUCUAAGCCCCUGGUGUGUUUUAAAGGAGAUCUGAUGCAUUGUACAGAACAUGACUGUUGGAUUCACAUACUGUAGCACUGGCUGCUAACAAUUCGGUGUUUAUACUCGUCUUCAAACACGAAUAUGUGCUUCUCAGUCCCAUUUUUUUUCUCAUUUAUCUUUUUUUUAAGUAGCCUUUAUUUAUUUUCUUUGCAAAGUGUAUUAGGUGAAAAUAAUCAAGGUAACUCAUAGCAGAUGUGUGACACAAACUUUGCUCUCAUUUUCACUUUUUUUUGAUCAUGCACAGUCGGACUAUGUUCUGGAGUUACAUGGGAGCUAAAAAGGCCCACGUAUCAUGAACUGUCCUUUAUUUCCUCCUUGCAGUCCUAAAGGUUUUAUUCUCAAGAUUAAUCUCAGUAACUGUGGCCAAAUGUGGCACAUGAUGUCAUUACUUGAGCAUCCAUUAUUUCUUAUGGUUACUGCCUUUUGUUAUCCAUGAUACUGUAAAGAACAUGUGAGGUGAUUUUGUGUUGGUUUACAACUCAACCAUUUGUUUCAUCAAGCAGAGAAAGGAUCUGAUAUUGUGUGUCUGCCUGUCUCUUUCCAUUCUCUCUCUCUCUCAUUCAUGCCCUAAAAUAUUUGCUUUCACAGAUUAUUGUGGUACUUCAGUUGUCACUGGUUAAUCUUAACAGAACUAGUGUUACUGUAAAUUCAAUGGACAAGAAAGCCUGUGACAUGUGAAAUCAAAUCAUUUAAUCCAUUUACCUGUCUUGCGUGUAUACCUGAACUGGGAUAAGCCGUAGCAUUCUGACUAACUUAUUGUAGGUAUAGGAAGACUAAGUGAGCCUCUGACUGUCAUUCGGUCAGCCUUUCUCAUGUAUCAGCAGUAAAUAUUAUGUUAUUCUUAGACUUGUACAUGUUUGAAUCAUCCACACCAACCUGUAUUUUCACAGAUCUUACAGUUCACCAUAAGAAGAUAACCAAAAAAAAACAAGAUUUGGUUGGUUUUCAGAUUCAUCUGCAGUGAAUCUGGGCAUUGCCUUUAGGAAAGCAGUCAAUCAACCUCUAUCCUGUAUUUUAGGGUCUGUGUUUUUGUAGCGUCUUCAGGUUUCGUGUCAGCAGAUUGGUCUGCUGCCCACUAGCACACGAACGGCAGAAACAACCCGGUAGAUGUGGUCCACGCGUUGCCGUUUUGAAUCCAGUUUCAAAUGAGAAGCCAUCUAACAACAAGAUGACAGUAUUUGUGCAGUGCUAUAAUAUUAAGAUUUGUGUCUUUGAACGCUUUGGAUUUUUGGAGCAAUGUGUGAUGGCUAAUCGCAUAAUUGAAUUGGACGAAAUGUUUACAUAGCACAGUGUGCCAAAGUCAUUUGCUGUUUGAUUGAAACAUGGAAACACACAUCUCUAUUCCAAGGCUAAGACAGAUUAAUAUUCAGUAAAUGAAGGACGUGUGACCCCACAUUUUUUUUUUUUUCAAAAAUCUCAACGUUGCAUUCAACAGCAAUGGAAACGGAAGGGGGUCAACGUUUGUAAUCGUGUAUAUGUGUGUGUAUAUACGGUUUGUAUGUCCAUGCAUGUACAUUUACACUCAUUCGGUUGCAGUUAUAGUGAUUUGGUCAACUGUACAGCGCUUGUAUUUGUUCAUUGUUUUAUAGAUAUUGCAAAAGGUUGAAUGACUGAAAAUAAUUAACUUAAAUAAAAUUUAUAUACAUA